GGAAAGGGCCGUCACUCAUCAGCAUGUCUGUCCGGUGUCGCGCAGGUGAUGGUGACCAAUGUGACUUCGCUGCUGAAGACGGUGAAGGCGGUGGAGGACGAGGCCACCAAGGGGACCAGGGCGUUGGAGGCCACCAUCGAGCACAUCAAGCAGGAGCUGUCCGUGUUCAAGAGCCACGAUCCUCCUCCAAAGACCACCACUCCAGAGGAGUUCAUCCGCAUGACCAAAGGCAUUACGCUGGCCACUGCCAAAGCAGUGGCUGCUGGGAACUCCUGUCGUCAGGAGGACAUCAUCGCCACGGCUAACCUGAGCAGGCGGGCCAUGGCAGACAUGCUCAACUCCUGCAAGCAAGCGGCAUACCACCCCGAAGUCAGUAAGGAGGUGCAGGCGCGGGCCCUGCGCUUCGGAUCGGAGUGUGCCACCGGAUACCUGGGCCUGCUGGAGCACGUCCUGGUGCCGAUCAUCCAGAAGCCCACCCACGACCUGAAGCAGCAGCUGGCCGUCUACUCCAAGCGUGUGGCCGGCUCUGUGACCGAACUCAUCCAGGCUGCCGAGGCCAUGAAAGGCACGGAAUGGGUGGACCCCGAGGACCCCACCGUCAUCGCCGAGAACGAGCUGCUGGGCGCAGCAGCGGCCAUCGAGGCGGCCGCCAAGAAACUGGAGCAGCUGAGGCCGCGGACCAAACCCAAGGAGGCAGAUGAGAGUCUGAACUUUGAGGAGCAGAUCCUGGAGGCGGCCAAAUCCAUUGCCGCGGCUACCAGCGCACUGGUUAAGGCAGCCUCGGCCGCCCAGAGGGAAUUGGUGGCCCAGGGCAAGGUUGGGGCCAUCCAAGCCAAUGCCGUGGACGAUGGACAAUGGUCCCAGGGUCUCAUUUCUGCUGCGCGCAUGGUUGCUGCUGCAACGAACAACCUGUGCGAGGCGGCUAACUCGGCGGUGCAGGGUCACGCCAGCGAGGAGAAGCUCAUCUCCUCGGCCAAGCAGGUGGCCGCCUCCACCGCCCAGCUCCUGGUGGCCUGCAAGGUCAAGGCUGACCAGGACUCCCAGACCAUGAAGAGGCUGCAGGCUGCUGGUAACGCUGUCAAGAGGGCCUCAGACAACCUGGUGAAGGCCGCCCAGAAGGCCGCCUUCGAUGCCCAGGAUGACCAGGCCGUCAUGGUGAAGAGCAAGAUGGUGGGCGGUAUCGCUCAGAUUAUUGCGGCUCAGGAGGAGAUGUUGAGGAAGGAGCGUGAGCUGGACGAGGCCAGGAAGAAGCUGGCCAUGAUCCGCCAGCAGCAGUACAAGUUCCUGCCUUCGGAGCUCCGGGAGGAAGACCAAUGAGAACCGCCACUGUUUGUCUGCUAACACACAUACAACACACACACACAGAUGCCAUGCAAGCAAAGACAAAUCAGCGGCUUGGGCUUUGGACCCGUGCCACAGUUUUAUUAUAUAUUUUUGUUCAAGAGUGUAACUAUGAUGAUGAGGUAUUACUUUUUUUGACAUGCAACAUUCUGGGCAAAGCAAUUCUAAGAGAUGAAAUAGGGGUAAAAAGUGAACAAAUGUAUCAGGAUGUUUAUUUUAAACUUUGGGUUAUUUUUUUGUUUGUUUUCACCGUUCUUUUUUCUAUUUGUCACUUUUACAAGCAUUGCCGUGCCAUGACUUAACUGUUUAUUGUUUUGUUUGUGUCUUUUGGAUAAUGUAUGCACAACUUAUGCAAAUCUCUAAAGUAACUGUGCUUUUAAUAGCUCCAUGUGAUUUAAUUUAGCAUUAGAUCCAAUAGAGUAGAUUGUCUGGACCUAGCAUGCACGGGUCUUAACUGAGGCUACACAUUUAAUUUACUCAAUCAAUUCACUUAUGAUGGGCUAAGUAAAAUGGCCUCAGUUAACACGGCUAAGAAAAAUAUUAUAUCAUCGAGCACAAUGAUGUUUUUAACUUUGUCAUUUUUUUAUUUUAUUUCUACUCCUCAACUUCUGGGGGGUGGAAAUUAUAAAAAAAGAAGAAAAAAAAACAGUAUUUGUUCCAUAGAUAUGUCUAACAUUUAGUCAGGUUCCAAAGAAGAUUGUUGUGAAUGUGUGAGUGGCCUCCAUAGCCUUUCUUCUUCUGGUGGUUUAACCCAGGGACAGUCAACCGCAUCAUGUGGCAAUUUGGACCAGCAGUGCAAUGAGUACCUUUUUUUUGCGAUGAAACAAUUCAAAGAAAGAAAACAUAUCAUUUUUUAAGAAAAGAAAAAAUAAUAAAGCUAUGAAUUGUGUUACAAAUAAUAUCUUCUAUUAAAUGUCUAUGUUAAUAAAAAAAGAGAGUUUGUGGGUGUUCGUUUUCUAUUAGUCAGGGCAUCUGUCACUUUGACCUCCUGUGUUUGAAUGAGGUCAAGUUUGGAAAGCCAUAUUUUUUUCUCUUGGUUUGUUUUUAUUACUCAGCCCUUGUCUUGUUACUCGGACCUACUUGGUGCUAUGUGGUAGAGCUUUCUCUGAGAUGUGGAUGUACAUCAUGGAGGUAUAUGCAAAUAUUAGAAAGGAGGGAGGGAGUUCAUAUUAAGUGAGUGGUUCCUCCGUCAUCUGACUGUUAGUCAAGAUGAACAAGGAAUAUGAAUUCAUAGUUGGGGUAUAGUGUUUUCAGAGCAUUUACAAGGCUUUGUUAUUACAUGGUUGUGUCUGUUGAACAUAUCAGUCCAUCUGAAAGUGCCUUCAAAAAUCUGUUUUUAUAACAGUAUGUGUUUAACUGUUAACAUUUCCUAUUUUCCACUGUGCACUUGUUUAACUUAAAGAAAACCACAGAUAAUCCACUCUUUUACACAUUAUUUUCACUCUUGUUGUUCAGUGAUUGUCAUUUUGAUACCCUAAUGUUUGUAGUGCAAUGGGAUAGUUGCCCCAGCACUGUUUAAGACCUAUUCAUGGGGGUCAAUAAAGUUGCUUUUCUUGCCUAAAA